CAACAAUAAACUCAUACUUCGCCCACCUUGUCAUACACCUCUGCCCUUCAGUUCCCUCUGCCUUAACAUUUGCCAUCUUGGUCGCGGCCAUGGCGUCUGACACGCUGAUACCCGAGACUCGCGUCCUCGCGAUCGCCAGCCAUGUAGUUCACGGAUAUGUGGGAAACAAGAUGGCGACCUUCGUCAUGCAGUCGUUAGGCUGUGAUGUCUCCGCGAUCAAUACGGUGCAUUACAGCAAUCAUACGGCGUACAAGCAGGUCAAAGGCACCAAGACGUCCGCCGAUCAAAUACUCGAGCUGUACGACGGCCUCCGACAAUCGAAUCUGAACGACUUCGACUUGUUAUUGACGGGAUACAUGCCGAGCGCCGAGGACGUACAGGCUGUGGGCAAAAUAGGGAGGGAUAUCAAGUUCAAUGCUGGGACGAAGCCGGGGAGCUUCUUCUGGGUGCUCGACCCCGUGAUGGGAGACAAUGGAAAGCUCUACAUUCCGGAAGAUGAGGUACCCGAGUAUAAAGCGCUUCUAAGAGAAGCAGACUUGAUUCUACCGAAUCAGACCGAGGCUGAACUGCUCUCUGACAUUACCAUCACCGACCUGAACUCCCUAGCAGCUGCGAUGCAAGUUCUCCAUAAGACCUACCAAGUCCCCCACGUAAUCAUAACCUCCCUCCGCCUCACACGCGACAACCAGACUGUACCAUCUCGAACACCAUCGCGCGCAGCUUCAAACCCCGCAUCAGCGACGGCAUCCAGCCAGCAGACCCCCUCAGAGUCUCCUUUCCUCAACCCUGAAACCACAAAUCCAUCCUCGAUACUAACAUCAACCACACCGUCAGGCCAACGAACGCCCUCAGACUCUCCUCGGCUUAAUGCAGAGACAUCGCACCCGUCAUCAUGGGCUACGUCGCCUCCUUCGAAGCCUUCGCCGCCUCCUCAACCCCUUAUUAAUAAAGAGAUUGAGAAUAUCACCAUCAUAGGCUCGACUGCAACUUCGGACCACAAGCCGCGCCUAUUCAGGAUAGACACACCGCUACUACCCCUGUUCUUCUCAGGGACCGGUGAUAUGUUUUCCGCUCUUACGAUCCCGCGCCUUAUUGAAGCAGUUCACGCCUCUUCCACGCCGCACCUGGCUUCGAAACCAAGCUGGAGAUCGCCGGAUGAUGUUCCCGCGGACGAAAUUCCCCUGGCGAAAGCGUGUCAGAAAGUACUAGCCAGCAUGCAGAGUAUAUUAGCUCAAACAACGGAGACAUGUCAGGAGAAGAUGAAAGCGUAUGAUGCGCGUGUGGCGAAAGAGGGGCGUGGAGAGGGAAAGGAGGCGCUCGAGGAGAGCGCCAUGAGGAGGCAUAUCGCUCUGAUGAACGCGAGUGAGGUCAUAGUUCCGAGAUUCGUAAAGGAUAUUGUAGAUCCGCCGGACUUGGAGAGGUUUAGGCCAAGGCUAGUGGAGGAGGGGAGGAAUGUACCGGAAGAAGUGGGUAGCAAGGAGCCGGACCAGCUGAAGGUACUGCAUCUGGGUGUUGGGAAGACGGCGGAGGGUGCGGUACAGGUCUUGGAGGGUGAAGCACAGAAAGAGCGAGAGGAAGAGGAAGCAGCAUGAGAUACCACUGUUUAGUUUGAUAGCGAGCAUACCCAGAGCUAGCAGCUUUGGCCGCAUCUACAGCUCUUGCAUUACGGCAUCAGGACA